UUCCCCAAUUCAACAGCCAGCUCACGGCCCACUUAACGCACUCUGUCCUCACUCUGUGUGAGAGAAGAAAGGAGAGGGUGAAGCAGACUCCAGUGGAGAGAGAGAGAAGCUGCUGGUUGGACCACAAUGAAAACCCUCCUCCUGCUGCUGCUCGUGUUUCUCGACCUGGGACAGGCCCAAGGAGCCCUUCACAGGGUGGCCCUCAAGAGGCACCAGUCCCUCCGGAAGAAGCUGCGGGCCCGGGGCCAGCUCUCUGAGUUCUGGAAAUCCCAGAACUUGGACAUGAUCCAGUUCACCGAGUCCUGCACCAAGGACCAAGGCACCAACGAGCCCCUCAUCAACUACUUGGAUGUCGAAUACUUUGGCACUAUCUCCAUUGGCUCCCCACCACAGAACUUCACUGUCAUCUUUGACACUGGCUCCUCCAAUCUCUGGGUCCCCUCUGUGUACUGCACCAGCCCAGCCUGCAAGUCACACCCCGUGUUCCACCCUUCCCAGUCCAACACAUACAGUGAGCUGGGCACUUCUUUCUCCAUUCAGUAUGGGACCGGGAGCUUGUCUGGGAUCAUCGGAGCUGACCAAGUCACUGUGGGAGGACUGACCGUGAUUGGCCAGCAAUUUGGAGAAAGUGUCAAAGAGCCCGGCCAGACCUUCGUGAAUGCAGAGUUUGAUGGAAUCCUGGGUUUGGGAUACCCUUCCUUGGCUGCUGGAGGCGUGACUCCAGUAUUUGACAACAUGAUGGCCCAGAACCUAGUGGAUCUGCCCAUAUUUUCUGUCUACAUGAGCAGUGAUCCACAAGGUGGCUCAAGUAGUGAGCUGACGUUCGGAGGCUAUGACAGCGCUCAUUUCUCCGGGAGCCUGAAUUGGGUCCCGGUCACCAAGCAAGCCUACUGGCAGAUUGCACUGGAUAAAAUCCUGGUGGGAGACACUGUGACAUUCUGCUCUGAGGGCUGCCAGGCCAUUGUGGACACAGGGACCUCCCUCAUCACUGGCCCUUCCCACAAGAUCAAGCAGCUGCAAGAGGCCAUUGGGGCGGCGCCCAUGGAUGGAGAGUAUACCGUGGAGUGUGCCAACCUCAGCGACAUGCCAGAUAUCACUUUCAUCAUCAACGGCGUCUCCUACACCCUCAGCCCAACUGCCUACACGCUGCUGGACUUUGUGGAUGGAAUGAAGUUGUGCAGCAGUGGCUUUCAAGGACUCGACAUCCAGCCUCCAUCUGGGCCUCUCUGGAUCCUGGGCGAUGUCUUCAUUCGGCAGUUUUACUCAGUUUUUGAUCGUGGAAAUAACCGCGUGGGGCUCGCCCCAGCAGUCCCUUGAGCAGGGCUCCGUGUCUCUGCCUGUCUACCAGGCAACCCCCGGGCCUGUGAGGUUAGGGCAUUCUCUACACCUGUCAGCAGGGCCUUUCCCACAGAAAACAGUUGUUCCCAGAGUUGCAACUUGAAUUAGGACAAAUGGAGCAUGAGAGCACACACACACGCAUACACAACCUCACUCACACUUUACACACACAUACACCCCAAAUCAACCACCAUCGUGGCAGAAGAAUUAAGUUGUGAGUCCAUAUUCUUUAUUGCUUUUUUGUUGUUGUUGCAUUUUUAUCACAGAAAUCUCCAAACACAUACACAGCAGAGGUUGUGGUCCAGUAAGUCCCUACACACCCCAACCAACUUUACCAACACAUCCACACACGGCCAGGACCCCUUCAUCCAUAUCACCAUCCACUUCUCUCUCUAGCUCCACAAACCUGGAUUAUUUUGAAACAAAUUCCAAGAAUCACAUCAUUUUAUCCAUAAAUAUUUCUAUCAUCCUUACACAUCCAGUUGUGAUUCAGAUAUCUCUCAUUGCCUCCUAAAUGUGUGACCAAUUUUACAGUUAGCUUGUUUGUAUCAGCAUUCAAACAAGAUCCACAAAUUGCAUUCAUUUGAAA